AAGAAAUAUUUGAAAUUCAAAUAUUUUAAGAUGAUGCACAGCAAAUCUUAAAUCUCAAUUCUGAACUUGAACAUUUUAUUAAGAGGUCUCAACGGUCCCUUUUCUCCAUUCAAACGGCUACUUUUCUCAAUCUCUCUCUAUCUAACCCGCUUUCUCUCUCCAGGUCCAGUUUGCAUACAUACAAUACACGCCUUCUGUCUCGUAAUCCAAAAUUUCAAAUCUCAAGUUCAUUCUUUUCCCUCCUACAGCUUCCAUCCAAGAAAAUCCAUAGCCUCAUUUUCUCAGGAAAAGUCCGUACACAAAAGCGAUUUUGUACUGAGAUUGCUAUAUCAGGUAAAACACUUUAAAGAUGUCUAGUGUUCAACUUGACCCACUUCAACAAGUGGAGACAACAUGUGGAACACUUCUAUAUGAGCUUCAGAUAAUUUGGGAUGAAGUUGGGGAAACUGACACUGAUAGGGAUAAAAUGCUGCUUGAGCUCGAACAAGAGUGUCUAGAAGUUUAUCGAAGAAAGGUAGAUCAAGCGAAUCGGUGUAGGGCUCAGUUGCGCCAAGCCAUUGCAGAUGCCGAAGCAGAUUUGGCAGCUAUAUGUUCUGCAAUGGGAGAGCGACCAGUACAUAUUAGGCAGUCUGAUCAAAGUAUCGGAAGCUUGAAGGAAGAACUGAGAAAAAUUCUUCCCCAAUUAGAGGAAAUGCGAAAGAGGAAAUCUGAAAGGAGGAAGCAAUUCCUAGAUGUUUUAGAGGAGAUACGAAAUAUUUCUAAUGAGAUAUAUGAAUCUCCAGAAUACAUUCCAUCGGCAACAAUUGAUGAAACUGAUUUUACCUUGAGAAAGCUUGAAGAGUUACACAGACAGCUUCAUGCACUUCAAAAGGAGAAGAGUGAUAGAUUGAAGCAGGUUCAGGAUUACCUUUGUACUUUAAAUUCACUUUGCUCAGUUCUUGGAAUGGAUUUCAAACAGACUAUUAGUGAAGUCCAUCCAACUUUAGGUGAUUCUGAAGGACCUAAGAAUAUAAGUAAUACUACAAUUGAGCUGCUGGCUGCUGCUAUACAUAAUUUACGAGGGGUGAAAGUACAGAGGAUGCAGAGGCUACAAGAUCUAGCAACAACUAUGUUGGAACUAUGGAAUUUAAUGGAUACACCAAUAGAAGAGCAACAGAUGUUUCAAAAUGUUACUUGUAACAUAGCUGCUUCAGAAGAUGAAAUAACUGAGCUCAACGCACUCUCACUGGACUUCAUCAAUUAUGUUGAGGCUGAAGUGUCUAGGUUAGAAGAAUUCAAAGCUAGUAAAAUGAAAGAGCUUGUUCUCAAAAAGAGGUCAGAAUUGGAGGAGAUUUGUAGGAAGACUCAUAUGGUCCUAGAGACAGAUAGUGCACUGGAAUGUUCCAUUGAAGCUAUUGAGUCUGGAGCCGUGGACCCUGCUUUGAUCCUUGAGCAAAUUGAGCUUCAAAUCUCUAAAGUUAAAGAGGAAGCAUUUAGCAGGAAAGAUAUACUUGAAAAAGUUGAGAAAUGGUUGGUUGCUUGUGAUGAAGAAUGCUGGCUUGAGGAGUAUAAUAGGGAUGAAAAUCGGUACAAUGCUGGAAGAGGAGCUCAUUUAACUCUCAAGCGCGCCGAGAAAGCUCGUACUUUGGUUAAUAAACUUCCAGCAAUGGUCGAUCAACUGGCUUCAAAAACAGUAUCGUGGGAGAGGGAGAAAGGCUCUGAGUUUACUUAUGAUGGUAUUCGACUUCUGUCCAUGCUUGAAGAGUAUACUAUAUUACGGCAAGAGAAGGAGCAAGAACGUCGUAGACAGCGGGAACAUAAGAAACUUCAGGGACAGCUGAUAGCUGAACAAGAGGCACUUUAUGGGUCAAAACCAAGUCCUUCCAAGCCAAGUGUUAAAAAGGGUCCUAGAAUGUCAACUGGAGGUGCAAGUAAUAGAAGACUCUCCCUUGGAGGAGCAAUGAUUCAAACUCCUAAACCUGAUCACUCUGUCAAAGCGACUCCACAUUCACGUCCAGGUAGUCGAAAGAGUGAUCGAGUGGUUCCAAACGAGCUGUUUAAUAAUAAGCAUAUGGAUGAUAGCUUCACAGGUUUAUCAUCAAAUGGUGCCAAAGGCUUUGAUGCUGCAUUAAAUAGAAACCAUUCUUUUGGUGCUCGUGAAGUCGAAUCGCCAAUGAAGCGGAAACCUUUCUCACCAAUAUCUUCAACGUCAUUAAAAACCAACAUAACAACAAAUUUAUCAGAAGAUCAUUUGAGCAUAGCACAUCAUGACAACACAGUACAGAAAACACUUCAUGCAAUUAAUAUGCCGUUCACUACACCUUCAAAGAAUUCCACUAGUGUUGCAGAUGAAGAGAAUAAGACUCCUAGGGUGAUGCCAAUGUCAGUGCCAAGUACCCCUUCAACAGUAUCAGUCCCAAUGCAAACGGUAAUGACUCCAGCACAUGCAUUGAUUCCUUAUGCUUCCAAUGUAACAGAAGAAAUUCCUGAAGAAAUCGAGUACUCUUUUGAGGAAAGAAGAGCUGGUUUUGUGCUUCCCAAAUCACACAUUAAGUCCCUCGUACAAGUUUGAUAUAUUUGGGAUCUUUGCGCUUCAGUGCUAUUCUUCAUCUUCUGUUUUUUUAGGAAAUUUUAUUUUAAGUCAAUUGCAAUUGGCUUGUUUGGUUUCUGUACAGAGUCUAAAAGCACUGAACAUGAACUUUUAAGUGUUUGAAGCUGUUUUUGAGCACACUCCCUUUCUCACUAGUUUUCUAAAUGUUUGUUAUGCGUUGUCUUUUCAUCUUUCAACUAUGAGAAAACUUCAUUGAAAUUGAAAUGUGUAAAAGUUCAAACCCGAUUCUUUCUUUUCAACUA